CCGGGGAGUUUGUCCGGGCGCUGCAAACGGCGGCACGUUGGAGCGGAGCGGCGCGCGGCCGAGGGCAGGUACAGAUGAGAGAACAGCAGAAGGGUCCCUGCUUGAUUGUUGUGCCACCCUGCAGCUGCCAGCUUGCAACCAGAGAAGGAUACCUGAGUAGCUGGAGCUGUGUAAUUCAUCUCCCAGCGAUACCCUGACCUGUACUGCAGGAAGAUCUCCUGGGACCUGUGUAGCUGACAGAGGCAGAGCUUUUGAGGAGACGUUCAGUCAUGCCACACUCUCUCUGUGAGUGCUAGCAUUCCAGCUCUCUGCAGUCCCAUCUGAGACUCUGUGGGCAGCACGCAGUGAUGGAGGACUCUCCAACAGAUGUUGUGGCUGAAGACAGUGACACAGGCUUCCAAGACACAGAGGCUGAACUGGCAGAGCGGGUGGCGGCCAUAGAUGUGUCUGUUCACCCAGACAGAAGUGACCAAAAUGGGGAAGACAUCACUGAAGAAAAUGACACCGUCUUUUCUGAUAUCGUAAAAGACAUCCAAAGAAAUGGAGUCAGCAGUGACGUGGAAACGAAUGAAUUCCUGCUCUCCCAACAACCAGACGAUGCUCACUGUGGGCAUGCUUCCAAGAGACCUCUUGCUAGACCUGUGCUAUCAAGUAGGAAGUUGUCUCUUCAGGAAAGAUCAUCAGGAAGUCAUUUGGCAUCGAGCAACGCUCCGGGUUUUGGUCAUUAUGCCACAGGGCCAUCACCACGUAUAAUGCGGAGGCCAACGAUAGAGUCCAAUCGAGUCUCCAUCUCGGAUGCUGAGGACUGUGUGCAAUUAAACCAGUACAAGCUGCAGAGUGAAAUAGGCAAGGGUUCCUAUGGUGUUGUGAAGCUGGCCUACAACAAGGAUGAUGACAAGUAUUAUGCUAUGAAAGUCCUCUCCAAAAAGAAGCUCCUGAAGCAGUAUGGAUUUCCACGUCGACCUCCUCCUAGAGGGUCAAAAACAUCCACUGGUGAGCAGUCCAAAACAAUGGCACCACUGGACAGAGUCUAUCAGGAAAUAGCCAUAUUAAAGAAACUGGACCAUGUCAAUGUUGUUAAACUGAUAGAGGUCCUUGAUGAUCCUGCAGAAGACAACUUAUACAUGGUGUUUGACCUCCUGAGGAAAGGGGCUGUCAUGGAGGUACCAAGCGAUGAGCCAUUCAGCGAGGAUCAGGCCCGGCUCUACUUCCGAGACAUUGUUUUGGGCAUUGAGUACUUGCACUACCAGAAGAUCAUUCACCGGGAUAUCAAGCCUUCCAAUUUGCUCUUAGGAGAUGAUGGACAUGUUAAAAUUGCUGAUUUUGGAGUCAGUAAUCAAUUUGAAGGGAACGAUGCCCAGCUUUCCAGCACAGCAGGAACACCAGCCUUCAUGGCACCAGAGGCCAUUUCAGACACGGGCAAAAGUUUCAGUGGAAAGGCACUUGAUGUAUGGGCCAUGGGAAUUACCCUGUACUGCUUUGUUUAUGGGAAGUGUCCUUUUAUAGAUGAAUAUAUUCUGGGUCUUCAUAACAAGAUCAAGAGCAAGCCUGUGGAGUUCCCAGAAGAAUUACAGAUAAGUGAUGAGCUCAAGGAGCUGAUCUUACGCAUGCUUGAUAAAAAUCCAGAAACAAGGAUAACAGUCCCUGAAAUUAAGGUACAUCCAUGGCUAACCAAGGGUGGUGAGGAGCCUCUGCCCCUGGAAGAGGAGCACUGUACUGUGGUGGAGGUUACAGAGGAGGAAGUGAAGAACUCAGUGAAGACCAUCCCAAGUUUGCCUGCUGUGAUCCUAGUGAAGGCCAUGCUAAGAAAACGCUCCUUUGGAAAUCCAUUUGAAGUUCAGACCAGGCGGGAGGAGAGGUCCAUGUCUGCUCCAGGGAACCUGCUGAUGUGCUGUAGAAAUUCUCCCCCCUCAGCCUGUGUGACUUGUGCAGUAGUGACAGCAUUCUGCUCCAUCCUCCCUUCCUAUAGGAGCAAUUUUACUGCAGUAAUUCUCUGUAUGUGUGACACUAAUGUUUAUAUAUACUUUUCCAUUGCUACUAUUCAUCAUUCUUUUGUGUUUCCUUCUGAGAGGAAGGGAUGAAAGAAGCCUUGCUCGUGAGGCAUGGUCUUUUUUCAUUCAAGACUUGUUUCAGAAGUGAAGGCACAGCACAGCUGUGGUCCUUUGCAUCUGACAUGGCUUGAAGAAGCAGCCUCCAGCUAGAGGAACCUAAAAUGUCCUGAGGAGCUGGUCAGGCCCAGAAGGAAGUCCACAGUCCUCAGUUAACCUAAGGUUCACACACAGCCUCCCUCGGGUCAGCAGCGGUGCUUGCGGUUCAUAGAAAACCACUUCCAAGUGAUGGAAGGGGCCCUCUUUUGCUUAUGGUUUUCUGUAAACAAGCAGAAAUCCAAACUUCCCUGCAUCUCUUCUCCCUCACAGCUUGCCUGUGUUCUUGGAAGAGAGGAAUAGGACAUCAGCAGCCCAAAUGAGGGCAGAACUUUGGUGUUUAACAGUUGACUCAGUGGGCGCUGGGAAGGUGUGAAGCAUUUCCCAGGAGUGAGCAUGCUCUCAUUCAGCUCCCUGCAGGUUUUCCCACUCCUUUGCUGUUCUGUACCGCAGAUGUUUAGGCUGCAGGUGCUGUGUGCUCUUGAUGGACACACAAGCCCAUAUAAAUACUAAGAGGCUGUGAUAUUUUUGUGGUUGCUCUGGUUAGCAGCAGUGCAAUCUGGAUAAUAGUACAGUUUGGGCUUUACUUACACAUGGUUUAAGAAUGCAGCAGGAAUAGUCUUACUUCCUCAAAAGAGACAUUUAGUGGAGACUCACGUUCAGCCUCAGGCCUCACACAUGAGCCCUGGCUCCCAUGCAGAGCAUGAACUCCUCGAUCUCUGCUGCUAUGCAUACAGACUGAGUUUAGUGAACAUUCAUAGCACUGUGCGGACAUCGUGUCAGCUUCCUUUGUGCUGCACCCCUCCUAAGGCAAAAGCUGCUUGGGGUGGCAGUGAGCAUUGGGUGCAGGACAGGCAGGGAGCCAUACUGUGCUGAGCAGGGAGCUCAGGGUGGUGCAGUGUUUAAGGAGGGGGACGAUAAGCAGUGAAGAAGGGGCUGCUUUUGGACUCCUUGUAAACAGUCCAUGCUCAGAGUUCAGGGUCGGGUUUGUCACAGAUGCAGAAUUUUGAUGAUUUCUUUGUUUGUUUUUAUUUUGGAGGGUGAAGCAGAGUGAAAAAGCACUGAAAAAUGUCGCAGGGCUAUCCAGGGAAGUGUAAAACUGCAAAGUCACAUAGCACUGCAGCGCACUGAGCUGGGAUAUCCCUAGUCUGUCUACAUGGUACCAGCACAGCAGGCUGGUUUGUUGCUAUUCCCUCUUACUGUUUAACACUAUUGACCCAGGUUGCCUGUUGGAAAAAACACAGCUUGCUUGAUUUUUUUUUUUUUUUUUUUUUUUUUUUUUGCAUACUUACCUCUAAUCUCUCUGUUUCUGUGCUGUUCAUGUAGAAAACAAGGGAGCAGAGAAGGAGGCAGGGACUCAGAGCUGCCUGAUGUGUGUGAAGAUGAAGCUACAUCCUGAAGCCACGUGGCUGUUGCAGGCUGGUUGCUCACGUGCUGCUGCUGCUGUACCCAUCGUGGUGUUUGGCACACAUCUGCUCACAUCGCAAAGUCCAGGGCCUGCAAAGCAAAAAGCAAAACGGACCAACCUAGCAAACUGAAAAGGAGGAAAAGAGCAGCAAUAAAGAAACGAGCGAGCCUCAGCUGGCAGAGGGCUGGCUUGGCCUCUUGGGCAGCUGUGUUCCUCAUGCGAGGUGUCCGUGUGCUCCUGUGUGUGCCUUGCUCUCCACUUGUGCUUCACGUGUGAGCUUUGUAGUUGGGUGUCUUGACCAAUGAAUGUUUUUCUUUGCAAUGCAACAAACCAAACGUUGUCUCGUGGGUCGUUCACCCUGGAGACCUUUUUCUUGCUUUUUUUUUUUCAUCCUCUGUUUCAAAGAUCAGGAAAAAAAACCCGACAUCAAAGCGAGGUCUUCUAUCAGAGAGCAACUCUUACUGCACUCAUAAAGCAUUCUGUGUACCAGGACACAGUCCUGUUCAGUUGGUGAUAACAUGUCUAUGGAUAGCAGUUACAGAAGGCUGAGAUCUUCCUUUUGGUGUUUACACUGUCACUCUCUAUGCCUUUUUUUCCCUCCUCCUCUUGACCCUUAAUGUAAACCCUGCCAGCAUUGAUAGCUUUGUUCAUGGCAGUGUUGUAAACUAUAACAACUACAUGAUAUUUCCUGUAUGUGCAAUGAGCCUUUGGAUGCCACAGGGCUGAACCACCAGGACACACUGUUACACGUGAAGGCUUAGUGCACAGGAGACAUCUGCUGAUGAACUCUUCCCAAGGAGCUGUGAUUUCAUUCCAUCACCUGCUCCCAGUCCUGUGCACAUGGGUGUCGUUGUGAAGUGUAAAAAGAAGUGACAGGUUUGGCAUUUAUCCCAUUUAAGGGUGAUGUCCUUUCACACACAUCUCUUAGCUCCUUUAAAAUGUGUGCCUGAUGCUUUUCAACUCCGAUUUCCUGGUAAAUGACCCAAAAUGGGAGAGCUCUUGAGGAUGGGAAACAUUAUGGAAGGGGUUUAAAGCUAAGGAAGGUUACAGAACACAAAUGGGAUAAAAAUGAAAACUUGAUCUGUUGUUGCUUAAGACCAUAGUUUUUAAUUUUAAGACUGUAAUUUUAUGCACGUGCUGAUGCUGCUGAUGGCAAUCCAUAGAUUGCUUCCAAACUUGGGAUUAGAAGCUUCAUCUCUACGUUUGGCAACAGGUGAGAAUCUGCACUCGAGGAGCAGAUGCACUCCUUUCAUCGGCUGCUGCCUGCACAGGCUGUGUGUAAUCAGGAAUUUCGCUCUUGCACGCCGAGAGUAAAAGCCAGUGACAUCAAUCCAUCACAGUGCACGCCGGUGUUUUCCUUUGAGCUGUCGGGGGUCUAAGCAUGCCUCCAGAAGGUCGACAGACUGAAUUCUUGUACUUAAAGGACACGAUUCAAUUUGGUUCCUUACUGACUUUUUUAGGUUAACCAUGAGGGCUUGGGGCUUGAGUCCCUCUGAUUCUUUUGUGCCAGGGGAUAUGCAUACAAGGAUGAUUAAUAGCAACUGGUAUACUAAUUUUCCCAUUCUGUUCACUGUAGAUUAGUUUGGUUCCUAACGAUUUUGUAGCUUGGCUUUGCUUCCAGUGCCUUCUGCUUGCCAGCCCCUGCCUGCCACCUCUUCACCCUCCCCUCUGCUCGUCUCCAGCUGCCUCGCAGUGCUGGUGGGAACCCAGAGGCAGUCUGCAGCCUGGGCUGUGCCCCGCGUCCUGCCUGUAAAUACUGGCCAAGGCUCGUGGCUUGGGGUGUAUUCUUGGAGUUAAGGUAUUUUGUCAAGGAGACCUUCCAUUUUUAAAUCAGGGAGCAGGAUUAUAUCCUGUAAAUGUUAACCGCUCUGGGGCUGUAUUCUGCAUCACUUGCACGCAGGUGUUCUAGCAAGCCUGCAUUUGUCCCUCUGCAUGCACCUGCAGUGCACUCAGCAUCCCCCGAGGGCUGUGACUGUGCUUCAGCCUAGCACUGUGAUCCAUCCCUGCGCAGUGGAGCACUUGAACGUGUGCCAGAGCCAUGUUGACUCAUGAUGAAGAUUUAAACGCUGCAAUAGGGAAGGAAAACCAAGGUGGAACCUUAGCGAGUCUGAGAGCACGCUGGGGCUCUGCGAACGCAGAAGGACGUGUUGGGACAAACUGCACAGGGGGGGUGGUUGUGCAUGGAAUGUCUGCACACAGCUGGCCACGUUUGGGGCAAAUGAGUCUUCAGUGGGUCAGAGCGUGAGGGCACCAUCAUUGGGUCCUGCUGAGCAGCCUCAGGGGAAAGGCAGCAGCAGUGGGCAGAAAGAAGUCCCUAAGGCUGGCCACAAAGGCAGGGGGAUAAGGAGAGUGGGAGAAGAGAGCAGCUGUAAUCCUUGUCAGCUUGGGUCUGCUGAGGUCUGAGCAACGCUUGGGUGGUGCUCACAGAGCUGUAAGGCCACAAAUGAGGUUUUAUUUAUUGUGCUUUUUAACAGAUGGUAGGGGGGAGAAGUUUGCUAACGCAGGUGGUUGUUGGGUUACUCUAAAAAUGUGCAGCUGGGGGAAUUAAUGGGGGUGAGGUGGCUGGGAAGCUGCUCAACUAAUGAGACCAAGCAAAUAAUUACAGCUUUAUCUCUAGUAACUGGUAACUAGAGCACUGCUGUAGUUUUGGAGAAUUGAGGAGAGUGGGUAUUUGUUGUGAUUAUCCCAAAGUCUGCUUUGGAAAAUUGCCUUUUUUGGCAAGAGAAAUCCUUCUGGAGCUGUUUCUGCAGGUCCAGGGAACAGAAAGUAUCACAGAGCUGAGCUUUUGUCAGACCUUGUUUCUCUAGCCAACCUGCCAGCUUUGUGGGUUUGCCCUUCUAUCUCCAGAAACUGCACAUGUCAAAAUGUGGGAGCAGCACAAGCAGCAAGCACUGCUGGAGUUGAUCCAGGAGCUCUGUGUGACUUCUGCAGGAAUGCUUCGUUCACUGAGCUGCAGUGAAACUCUUGCUCGUUUUUACGUGUGUCAGGGCAGCUAGGAGCAUUGCUGCUCGUACUGUGAAGUAAAGGAUUCAAGAGAGAAUCUGCUCGUGACAAACGCCCCUGGCAAGGCAGCCCUUUUGUUCACUCUAGAAAGUCGUUAGCUGGAUGUCCAAAUAUUUGCCUGUGUCCUCGCUGUGAGCACGGGAUGGGAUUUGGGGUGGCAGGGCUGCUGGCAGUGAGUGGGUGCUGUGGGCACUCGUGGAUGCUUUAGUGUUUCCUCUGCCCGAACCCUGCUGGCGGUGCUGCUCUGCUAACGGGUGCCUGACGGCUGUGCUGUGCAGAGGGCUCCUCCUGACGGCAGGCUGCUCUGGUCAGCCUUUAAGCUUGGGGAUGGGCCCAGCACGGGAAGCUUUGAUGGCAGUUUCUCAUUUGGAGCAUCUCUCUGAUCUCCAGGGGGUCGUUUGUUCCUCUCGCUCCGUUAACAGCUGCAGCUCUGCAGUUUGGGGGGCAGUCAAUCACAGGACAGGAUCACUGAGGUUGGGAAAGAUCUCCAAGGUCAUCCCGUUCACCUACCACCAAUAUUCCCCACCAAACCGCGUCCCUCGGUAGCACAGCUAAAUGUUUCUUGAACACCUCCAGGGGCGGUGCCUCCCCACCUCCCUGCACAGCCCAUUCCAGAGAGAAAUUAUUCCUGCUGUCCAACCUGAAUCUCCCCUGGUGUAACCUGCGGCCGUUCCUCCUGCUGGCAGCUCUGUGCUGAUACACGCCAGGAUGCUGUUGGCCUUCUUGGCUACCUGAGCAUGCUGUGCUAAGUAAAAAUCCUCAUUUAAUAUCUCCUGGCUGGUAUGAAGGAAUGCUACAGUGUGUGCCUGACAUAUUGGCAGGAAAACAUUGCUGUGAAUGCCACACUUGCAAAUAGAUGAGCUUUGCAGCUAUUUAAUGACACGUCACAGCAGAUCUACGUAGAUAACAACUCACAGCACUUAAGAAGCUGCCUCAGCCAGCCGUGUGUGUGUGUGCUGUCCCUGCUCUUGCACAGUGAUUUCCAGUGGUGCAGCUCCAGGAAUCGGAUGUUCCUUCACUGUUCUCACAGUCACGUUGCUGCCUGCUUGUGCUGCUGUUCUGCAGUGAGAUGGACCUGGCCUGGGAGAGGGAAAGCUCUGCCUGCGGGUUGUGUCUGAACGAGGGAGGGAUGUGCAGAGGACAGAGGGCUGCAGAGCUGUGGAGCCCUGCCAAGAGCAGGAGCACACUGUUGUCUGGGCUCUGGGGACAGGAGGCAUCAAAACCUGAUGUGUAGGUGUAACUUAGUUUGGGUUCUCAAAUUCUCCCCCUUACCAGGGCUGAGCAAAGCAGUGAAAGGGAUUUCUUUGCUGGCCCUGUAGGCCACAUGCUGAGCAGCACGCUGGGUGCUCUGAAAAACCAUCAGCUCAAGAAAAAAAAGAAAAGCUAUGACUUUUCAGGAUAUAAUUCUCAUCCUGCGUGCCGUAACCUUGCUGCUGUUACCUGAUUUCCACCUGUUGUUAGUGUUUAAGUCUCUUGUUCUGCUCGGUGUGAAGUAUGACAGUGUGUGCUCUGACUCCAGCAUGAUGUAUGUGCACUCAGUACAGUAAUGGCACGUGGCCGUUACUCUGUAAAUAUGUACCAUGAAUAGAGAGGCUAUUUUUUGCAUGCUUUUGUACUCUAGAACCAAAAAGAAAAUGACAAUAAAGUCCACAGAAAUGAA